AUUUGCUUUAUACAUGGUUUAUAUUUUGAGUCUCCAGCAAUUGAAAAGUCACGUGGCUGAGGAAGGAUGAAGCAACCGAUCAAAAGAAAAACGCAGCAAGAAAUAAGGAAAGAAGCUGGAGGAUUCCAUAUCAGUUUUGAUCCGCUGAGGAAAUAUCGGGAUUGCAGCAGCGGAAGGAGUGAUUUUCGACCAGAGAUGAACGGUCCCGAAGAAGACGGCUGCAGUGAAAAUAAAUAGAGAAAAGAAGAGAAGAAACAGGGGAAGAAGGGAAGGAAUAAAAGAAGAAAAAACGCAGCAGCGAGGGUAAGAGAGAGGAGAAACGAGCAGGGGGCGCAGACCAGAAAGCAACGAAACCGAUCCUCAUCCUUGGGAUUGAGAUAGUGCAUGACCAGAAGAACUGAGGGACUAUCUCCUGAAGCACCGUUGAAUCUUGAGAUUGAAUCAUUUUGUAGGAGACAGAACGCUCAAACAAGGAGAGCCCGUGCAGCAGAACGUGAAACAAUGGCUAAUGAUGCGAACCGCACCAUAAGGAAUUUGGCAAUGCCAAACCUGGACAAUCAACCGCUUUGCAUUCAAUAUCCAGAGCUUGAAGCUGCCUUGGAACUUCGGUCAGGCCUAAUUCAACUCCUGCCUAAGUUUCAUGGACUAGCAGGAGAAGAUCCACACAAGCAUUUGAAGGAGUUCCAAGUUGUUUGUUCCACCAUGAAGCCUACUGGAGUGCCUGAAGAUCACAUCAAGUUGAGAGCUUUCCCCUUCUCAUUGGAUGGUGCAGCUAAAGAUUGGCUAUAUUACUUGCCAAGCGGGUGUAUUACCUCUUGGAAUGAUAUGAAGAAAAUGUUCUUGGAGAACUACUUUCCAGCCACCCGUACAGCUGUUUUGCGGAAGGAGAUUUGCGGAAUCAAGCAAAUGCCUGGAGAGACCCUAUAUGAAUAUCGAGAGAGAUUUAAAAAAUUAUGCCAGAUUUGUCCUCACCACCAAUAUACUGAAGUUCAGUUGAUUCAGUAUUUCUACGAGGGCCUACUACCUGUUGAUCGAGUGAUGUUGGAUGCUGCAAGUGGAGGAGCCCUCAUUGAUAAAACCCCAGUAGAGGCUUGGAGACUGACUGAUACUAUGGCUGCGAACUCACAUCAAUUUGGCAUGCGCCAAGAUGUUGGCAUUAAGCAAGUGAACGAGAUAGCAAGUUCAAAUCUUGAGCAACAACUUGCUGCCACAAAUCAGCAACUUUCACAACUCACUACUUUGAUGAUGACUCAAAUGAACCUGCAAAAAACUAAAAAUGUGUGUGGUGUUUUCUCUUCUAAUGCUCACUAUAGUGAUUAAUGUCCUCUAUUGCUUCAAGGGAAGACAGAAGAAGCUAAUGCAAUAGGGUUUCCUGGUUCUUCACAACGCAAGUUUGAUCCUUUUUCGAACACCUAUAAUCCAGGAUGGAAGAGCCACCCGAAUCUGAGCUAUGGCAAUAACAACAAUUCAGCUUUUCAAUAUCAUCCGCAGUAAAUGCCUGGACCAGGGAGUUCUCAAUCUGGAGCUCCUAAUCAGAACUCAACCUCUACGCUUGAGGCUAUGAUGCAGAAGCUGGUGGACGGACAGUUGAAGUUAGAGCAAGAGAAGCUGAAAUUUGAGCAAGAAACUAGAGCGGGAAUGCAGGAUUUAAGGACACAGGUGGGUCAGCUAGCUACAUCUAUGAGUAGACUCGAGUCCCAUCUCUCUAACAGGCUCCCUUCACAGCCUAUGAACCCAAAUCAAAGUGCGAAUGCCAUCACUCUUCGUAGUGGCAAGACUUUGAGUGAAAACUGAGCCAAGAAGGUGUCAUUUCAGCCCGACCAAGAGAAGGAGACAGAGGUUAAAAGUGGUCUGGAUGAUGAUUCAGAUGUACCCCAGCUGCAAAAUCAAGAGAAAUCAAUGGCAGAUGACCCCGUUUGCAAGCUGAAAAAUGAUAAAGAGGCGAACUCCUUUGUACCGGCUAAUGUUCUUUUCCCUCCUUUUCCUUCAAGGUUGGCUAAAAAACAUAAAGAAAGCCUGGAAAAGGAUAUUUGGGAUACUUUUUGGAAAGUGGAAGUGAAUAUACCUCUCAUUGAUGCAAUCAAGCAAGUUCCGCGGUAUGCAAAGUUUUUAAAGGAACUCUGCACAAACAAAAGAAAAAUUAGAGGGGAUGAAAGAGUAAGCCUAAAUGAGAAUGUCUCUGCCGUACUCCAACGGAAGCUCCCUGUGAAGUGCAAGGAUAAAGGUUCAUUUUCUAUUCCUGUUCCUAUAGGUAGCAAGAGGUUUGAGAGGGCUAUGUGUGAUCUCGGGGCAUCCAUUAAUGUUAUGCCAUACUCUGUUUAUACUACUUUGAACAUUGGACCCUUAAAUGAGACCGGUGUGAUUAUACAAUUGGCUGACAGGUCCAAUGUGUAUCCUGAGGGGCUGGUUGAGGAUGUUUUGGUGCGGGUGGGUGAUCUGGUUUUUCCAACAGACUUCUUUGUGUUAAAGAUGGAAGAAAAUGAACUAGACCUUACACCGAUUCCUCUUUUGCUUGGAAGACCAUUUCUAAGAACAGCAAGAACACAGAUUGACGUGUUCAAGGGUAUUUUAACAAUGGAAUUUGAUGGAAAUAUAGUGUGCUUUGAUAUUUUUGAGGCCAUGCGUUUUCCCAGUGAUGUCCAUGCUGUUUUUUCCGUUGAUGUGCUAGACGUUAUUUCUGAACAGGUGAUGGAGUUGGAAGCAGCCGAUAGCUUGAGUUUGGUGUUGAGAAAUAGCUUUAACAACCAAACAUAUAAUUCAUUGGAGCUGGCACCUAAAGAAGAGAUUCAGGAGACGAUUGCAGCCCUAGAAGCACUCCCGAUGAAAUCUGGGAAAUUUAAUUUAUCUUAUAUUGAUCUUCCAGUCCCAACCACCAAACUCCUCCCAUCUACAGUGCAGCCCCCUGAAGUUGAACUUAAGCCACUGCCUUCCCAAUUAAAGUAUGCAUUUCUGGGAUCAAAUGACACCCUUCCAGUGAUUAUCUCAAGUGAGCUAACUCCAACUCAAGAGGAUAAGCUGAUUAGAGUUCUGAGAGAGUAUAAAGAAGCUAUCGGGUGGAGUAUUGCUGAUAUCAAAGGAAUCAGUCCAGCAAUUUGCAUGCAUAGAAUCCUUCUGGAAGAUGGAGCUAAACCCGUUAGGCAGCCUCAAAGGAGGCUGAAUCCUCCUAUGAUGGACGUGGUGAAGAAGGAGGUAAUGAAGCUUUUAGAAGUUGGAAUUAUAUACUCCAUUUCUGACAGUGAGUGGAUGAGCCCGACUCAAGUAGUACCAAAAAAAUCUGGAGUGACAGUGGUGAAGAAUAAAGAUGAUGAACUCAUUGCUCAAAGAAUUCAGAAUUCCUGGAGGGUAUGCAUUGAUUACAGAAAACUAAAUGAAGUGACAAGAAAAGAUCACUUUCCGUUACCCUUCAUGGAUCAGAUGCUUGAGAGACUAGCAGGGCAUGAGUAUUAUUGCUUCUUGGAUGGUUACAGUGGAUACUUUCAGAUUGUGAUAGCACCAGAGGACCAAGGUAAAACAACAUUCACCUGUUCUUUUGGCACAUUCGCAUACCGGCGAAUGGCAUUUGGGUUGUGCAAUGCUCCAGCUACAUUUCAGCGAUGCGUAAUGAGCAUUUUUCAGGACUACGUUGAGGAAAUCAUUGAGGUAUUUAUGGAUGAUUUUUCAGUUUAUGGCGAUUGUUUUGAUUCUUGUUUACAUAACUUAUCCUUGAUUUUGAAAAGAUGUGUUGAAACUAACCUUGUUUUGAAUUCUGAAAAAUGUCAUUUUAUGGUGAAGCAAGGUAUAGUUUUAGGUCACAUUGUUUCCAGUAGGGGUUUAGAAGUUGACAAGGCCAAAAUUGAUGUUAUUCAGAAUCUGACCUAUCCUUCUUCUGUGAAGGAAAUUCGUUCUUUUCUUGGGCAUGCAGGGUUUUACAGGAGGUUUAUCAAGGAUUUCUCUCAGAUAGCCUCACCAUUAUGCCAUCUGUUACAGAAGGAUGUUGAGUUUCAGUUCGAUGAUGCUUGCAAGGAGGCAUUUGAUAAUUUGAAGACUGCACUCACAACUGCCCCUAUUGUUCAAUCACCAAGGUGGGACCUCCCAUUUGAAGUGAUGUGCGAUGCGAGCAACAAUGCAGUUGGUGCGGUGUUGGGCCAGAGAGUUGACAAAUGUGUUCAUGUGAUCUAUUAUGCCUCUCGCACCCUGAAUUCUGCACAGCGAAAUUACACGACCACAGAAAAAGAGCUUUUAGCUAUUGUGUUUGCUUUAGAUAAAUUUCGUUGUUAUUUGUUAGGUGCCAAAGUUAUUGUGUAUUCUGACCAUGCAGCCUUGCGUUACUUGUUGGCAAAGAAAGAGGCAAAACCCCGCUUGAUUCGUUGGAUUCUUCUGUUACAAGAAUUCGACUUGGAAAUCAAGGAUAAAAAGGGGGCAGAAAAUUCAGUUGCUGAUCACUUGAGUCGCCUGGAAGUUGAGGGCGAUGUCGGUCCAAUAGGUGAUUUCUUUCCUCAUGAGAGUUUUCUUUUGAUUGACACAGAGUUACCUUGGUAUGCUGAUUUGGUAAACUAUCUAGUUUCUAGGCAGCUACCUAGUGAUUUGAGUAAGCAUCAAAAAGAGAAAUUGAAAAGUGAUGCUAGGUUUUAUUUGUGGGAUGAGCCUUAUUUAUGGCGUUUUUGUUCUGAUCAGAUUAUUAGGAGAUGCAUUCCACAAAAAGAACAGCCACCCAUUUUAGAAUUUUGUCAUUCUCAGGCAUGUGGUGGUCACUUUGGGCCUAAAAGAACUGCUAGGAAGAUUUUAGACUGUGGAUUUUAUUGGCCCUCCAUUUUUAGGGAUGCAUAUUUUUUUUGCAAGUCUUGCGAUAAGUGCCAGAGAAUGGGAAAUUUGUCUAGAAAAAAUGAAAUGCCUUUGUACCCAAUUAUUGUUGUCGAAAUUUUUGAUGUAUGGGGCAUAGAUUUUAUGGGACCAUUUCCUAAUUCUUUUGUCAACUUUUAUAUUCUUUUGGCUUGUGAUUAUGUGUCUAAGUGGGUGGAAGCUAAGGCUACCAGAACGGACGAUGCUAAGGUUGUUGCAGAUUUUGUCCAAAAUAAUAUUUUUUGCAGGUUUGGCAUUCCUAGGGCGUUGAUCAGUGACAAGGGCACACAUUUUUGCAACAGAGUGAUAGGAGCUUUAGUGAAGAAGUACGGGGUUACUCACAAGAUCUCCACGGCUUACCAUCCUCAGUCCAAUGGCUAAGCGGAGGUAUCCAACAGAGAGAUAAAACAGAUUUUGGAGAAGACAGUGAACCCUACAAGAAAGGAUUGGAGUUUGAGACUGCCAGAUGCACUGUGGGCGUACCGGACAGCCUAUAAGACACCAAUCGGGAUGUCUCCAUUUAGGCUUGUGUACGGAAAAGCAUGUCACUUACCAGUAGAGCUUGAACACAAAGCGUGGUGGGCUGUGAGGCAACGCAAUUUCAAUAUUGAUGAUGCUGGUGUUCACAGAAAGCUUCAAAUUCAGGAGCUGGAGGAAAUUCGAAAUGAUUCCUAUGAAAAUGCUGCGAUCUAUAAGGACAAGACAGUCAAAUGGCAUGAUAAAAUGAUAGCGAGGAAAUCAUUCCGUGAAAGCCAGAAAGUGUUGUUGUUUUAUUCAAGGUUGAAACUAUUUCCAGGGAAGCUAUGCUCUCGUUGGACUGGUCCGUUUGAAGUGGUGAAGGUUUACCCACAUGGUGCUAUUGAAAUCAAGGACCCAAAGACCUUGAAAAUCAUUAAAGUCAAUGGGCACAGGUUGAAGUCUUAUUACGAGGGUUUUCAAGCACAUAUGGUUGAGUGAGAUGAUUUAAUUGAUCCAGAUAAUGAUGGUUGAAGUACUCAGUCGCGUCGAGCCAAAGACGUUAAACAAAAGCGCUUGUUGGGAGGCAACCCAAUUUCAUAUUUACUUUUAUUUAUUUGUUUUUUUAUUUUAUUUUGAUUUCAGUUUUUAUUUAAAUUUUAGUUGCUUUUUAUCUUUAAUUGUUUUCUAAUUUGCAGGUUUUUAGUUGCCACCAGACUGCUCACUUUCAACUUGAGGAGUACAUCAAUAAAAUCAGGGGAGUUUUACUGUGCUUGCUGCUAUCCUACUCUUCUUUUUGUCAAUUGAGGACAAUUAUCAGUUUGAGUUUGGGGGUGGGGUGUUUAUGAAAAAAAAAACCAAAAAGAAAAAAGAAAAAAAGAGGUAACUCCCUUGGCAUUCAUUUUCAAAGCCACUUGAGGGUUAUAUUGAUUGGGAGAUAGAUUCUUGUGUUUUUAGGGAUGCAUAAUAAGAUUGCAGGUGUUUGGCUAUGUGUGUUUGCGAAUAAGAGCAGGUGGUCACAUUGAAACCUUGAGUUUUUGAGCCUAAUAGUUGCCCAGGGCAGCUUGUUUUCUUUGUGAGUGCAUAAUUCCCUUCUCUUGGUUGUGUUACUUCUAGAACUUGCUUUAAACCAUUUCAGAACCAUGAGUUGUGUGUUUGCACGAGAAUGAUAAAGGCAUUAGAGUUUAACCAAAAAGGCCUUAAAAGAUCACCUUCUCACAGUGUGCAUUUUGUCCCCUAGGCAACCCCGUUGAGCCAUGAAAUAAAUCUGACCACUUUCUUUCCUUAGCCACUCCCAAAGAACCCAAAACCAUGAAGAAAAAGAAAAAAACUUUGACCCAUCCAUGAGUCAAUUGAGCUUUUGUUUGCAAGCCAGUGAAAAGGAAAGUGUGGGUGUGUCAGUUUUUGACUAACCAUUGGAAAGUGUGGCAUGCUUGAGGCAUAGAGAUGAAUGUGAAGUGAUGAAUUUGAAUGGCUGGAAUGUUUGUUCUGAACUUGAGUUAGUAAUGGUGGAGUUUUUUUUUUGAAGAAUUGUUGCACUUGAACGAGUUGUAUUCGGAUUAAAAAACAAAAAAAAAACAAAAAAAAAAUCAAAAUCAGAAGUUCUGCUUUGUUUUUACCUUGUCAUGAUGCUGCUUUGAGCAAAUGGAUGGUGUCAGAGGAGAUGGAUUAUGAGCUGGCAGUUUUUGGAGAUUGAUUUAGAGCAUUGAGUUCGAGUUGUUCUUUUCUUGGAAUCUGGUUUGUGAACAUAUGCUCGACUGACUCGUGGCCUUUGUUUUCCCUUCCUCCCGUUCUUUCUUAAACCACUCACCUUGGCCCCAUUACAACCGAAACAAAGACCUUUUGACUCGUGCUUCUCAUGUACUUAACUGGUGCAAUUGUGGUAGACAAGCAAGCAUAUGGUAAGUGCACUUUCAAGAAAGGAUGUGUGUGUGAACCCCUAUCUUAAACACUUGAGUGAUGAAGAGUGAAACCUGUGAGGACUGCUUGCUCUAUUGUCUGGGAUACAUAUGGUUUCAAACUCUCAUGAACAAUUAUGCGUCUGCUAAGGCUCUAAGAUUGAAUGCCCAGUUGAUGUACUUGACUAGUGGUUUUAUUUUGUUUGCUAAGGGACUAGCAAAGAGUGAGUGUGGGGGGAUUUGUUGGGCAUUUAUUUGCUGCUAUUUUUACAUAUUCAAGAGGUCCCAAUAAGUGUUUUUAUUCUCUAAUUAAGUUCUUAAUUUAUUUUAUUUUAAUAAGUGGUCAAAGAGAGCAGGUCAAUUUUUAUUAGUGUGCAUUUGACAGCUUUUAGACUAAGUUAACUGAUUUAGUUUUCUAGUCUAAACCUAGUGCACGUGAAAAGUCACGUGGCUGAGGAAGGAUGAAGCAACCGAUCAAAAGAAAAACGCAGCAAGAAAUAAGGAAAGAAGCUGGAGGAUUCCAUAUCAGUUUUGAUCCGCUGAGGAAAUAUCGGGAUUGCAGCAGCGGAAGGAGUGAUUUUCGACCAGAGAUGAACGGUCCCGAAGAAGACGGCUGCAGUGAAAAUAAAUAGAGAAAAGAAGAGAAGAAACGGGGGAAGAAGGGAAGGAAUAAAAGAAAAAAAAACGCAGCAGCGAGGGUAAGAGAGAGGAGAAACGAGCAGGGGGCGCAGACCAGAAAGCAACGAAACCGAUCCUCAUCCUUGGGGCAGUUUUCCAUCUUUAAAUUUCUGCAGUUUUUAUUUUAAUUUGGUUCUGUUUCCAUUGCUAGAUGAAUACUAGUAGCUAAACCUUUGAUUUUCCAAUUCUAAGUUAAUACUCUGUAGUUUAAUUCGUGAGAUUUUGUACUUUAUGACUGAUUUGUCAUGGUAUUCUAUAUUUUUACGAAUUGAUUUCAGUUGAAUU